UUGCCUGUAACUCUCUCUUUCUCUCUCUUCCCUAUCUUCUUCGCUAUCUAUCUAUCUAUCUAUCUAUCUAUCUAUCUAUCUAUCUAUCUCAAUGAUUCCCAACAGUGGGGCAUGAUAGAUAAUCUAUCUAUCUAUCUAUCUAUCUAUCUAUCUAUCUAUCUAUCUAUCUAUCUAUCUAUCUAUCUCAUUCUGUACAUUAUCUAUCUAUCUAUCUAUCUAUCUAUCUAUCUAUCUAUCUAUCUAUCUAUCUAUCUAUCUCAUUCUGUUCAUUAUCUAUCUAUCUAUCUAUCUAUCUAUCUAUCUAUCUAUCUAUCUAUCUAUCUAUCUCAGUCUGUUAUCUAUCUAUCUAUCUAUCUAUCUAUCUAUCUAUCUAUCUGUCUGUCACCAUUUCUUUCACUAUCACCUCUUUCUUUCUUUCUUUCUUUCUUUCUUUCUUUCUUUCUUUCUUUCUUUCUUUCUCAAAUAUUUUCAUUUACUCUUUCAGUCAUUCUAUUUCUUCUGUUUUCCCUUCAUAUGUUUUUCUUUCUUUUUCUUUCUUUCUUUUUUCAAAUGAUUCGUUCACUUUUUCAUUCGCGCUAUUUCUUCAUUCUUUUUCUUUUCACUCUAUUAAUUCUUUUAUUUCUUGCCUUCCUUCUUUAUUUUCAUUCAUUUCUUUAUUCUUUCUUAAUUUCUAUAUUUGUUUUCUUUCUUUCUUUCUUUCUUUCUUAUUUAUUUUCUUUCUUUUCUUUUUCUUUUAACCCAUUUUUUUUACUCAGUUUCCUUCUGUUAUCGUUUCUUUCUUUAUUAGAGCUUUCUAUUUUGUUAGCCUUUUUUACUCCUUUUCUUCUUCGUCUUCAUUUCUUUCUUUCUUUCUUUCUUUCUUUCUUUCUUUCUUUCUUUAUUUCUUUCUUUCUUUCUUUCUUUCUUAACCCAUUUUUUUACUCAGUUUCCUUCUGUUAUCCCCUUUUUUACUCCUUUUUCUUCCUCGUCUUCAUUUCUUUCUUUCUUUCUUUCUUUCUUUCUUUCUUUCUUUCUUUCUUUCUUUCUUUCUUUCUUAACCCAUUUUUACUCAGUUUCCUUCUGUUAUCGUUUCUUUCUUUUAUUAGAGCUUUCUAUUUUGUUAGCCUUUUUUUACUCCUUUUUCUUCCUCGUCUUCAUUUCUUUCUUUCUUUUUCUUUCUUUCUUUCUUUCUUUCUUUUCUUUCUUAACCCAUUUUUACUCAGUUUCCUUCUGUUAUCGUUUCUUUCUUUAUUAGAGCUUUCUAUUUUGUUAGCCUUUUUACUCUUUUCUUCCUCGUCUUCAUUUCUUUCUUUCUUUCUUUCUUUCUUUCUUUCUUUCUUUCUUAACCCAUUUUUUACUCAGUUUCCUUCUGUUAUCGUUUCUUUCUUUAUUAGAGCUUUCUAUUUUGUUAGCCUUUUUUACUCCUUUUCUUCCUCGUCUUCAUUUCUUUCUUUCUUUCUUUCUUUCUUUCUUUCUUUCUUUCUUAACCCAUUUUUUACUCAGUUUCCUUCUGUUAUCGUUUCUUUCUUUAUUAGAGCUUUUUCUAUUUUGUUAGCCUUUUUUACUCCUUUUCUUCCUCGUCUUCAUUUCUUUCUUUUCUUUCUUUCUUUCUUUCUUUCUUUCUUAACCCAUUUUUUACUCAGUUUCCUUCUGUUAUCGUUUCUUUCUUUAUUAGAGCUUUCUAUUUUGUUAGCCUUUUUUACUCCUUUUCUUCCUCGUCUUCAUUUCUUUCUUUCUUUCUUUCUUAACCCAUUUUUUACUCAGUUUCCUUCUGUUAUCCCUUUUUACUCCUUUUCUUCCUUGUCUUCAUUUUUUCUUUCUUUUUUCUUAACCCAUUUUUUUACUCAGUUUCCUUCUGUUAUCGUUUCUUUCUUUAUUAGAGCUUUCUAUUUUUUAGCCUUUUUACUCUUUUCUUCCUCGUCUUCAUUUCUUUCUUUCUUUCUUUCUUUCUUAACCCAUUUUUUACUCAGUUUCCUUCUGUUAUCGUUUCUUUCUUUAUUAGAGCUUUCUAUUUUGUUAGCCUUUUUUACUCCUUUUCUUCCUCGUCUUCAUUUCUUUCUUUCUUUCUUUCUUAACCCAUUUUUUACUCAGUUUCCUUCUGUUAUCCCUUUUUUACUACGUUCCUUCAUCGUUCUUUCUUUCAUUCUUUCUUUCUUUUUUUUCUUUCCUUUUAUUUUUACUUUCCUAACAUUCUUUUUUUCCUUCUUUCUUUUCUAUUUUAUUAGCCUUCUUUCUUUCUUUCAUUAUUUCUUUCUCCUUCCUUACUCCUUUUCUUUCUCGUCUUCAUUUCUUUCUUUCUUUCUUUCUUUCUUUCUUUCUUUCUUUCUUUCUUUCUUAUCCAUGUUCUUAUUUCCAUGCUCAUAUUCUCUUUUUUUUUUUAAAUCAUUGUUCUCAUUUUUUGUUUCUUUGUUACUUUCAUUCAUUCCUUUUUCUUUCUUUCUUUCUUUCUUUCUUCAAUUCAUUUAUUCAACUAUUUAUACUUUUGUGCUUUAUUUCUCCCUAUUAUUAUACUUCUUUCUUCCUUCCUUCCUUCCUUCCUUCCUUCCUUCCUUCCUUCCUUCCUUCCUUCCUCUAAACUAUAUCUUUCAAUAUCUCAUCCUGUUUUCCUCUAUCUUUCAUUUAUUGUUGAAAUCCUUUCUUUUUAUUCUUUCUUUCUUUCUUUCUUUCUUUCUUUCUUUCUUUCUUUCUUUCUUUAAACUAUAUCCUUCAAUAUCUCAUCCUAUUUUCCUGUAUCUUCCAUUUAUUGUUGACAGCAUUUCUUUGUCCAUUUCUUUUUUGUUUUUUGUUUUUAUAAAACCAUUUCUCCUUAUAUUUUUCUGCUGUCUUUCAAUUCUUUCUCCAUUUCUUUUUUCAUUCUUUCUUUCUCCAAUUCUUCUUUUUUCUUUCAACCAUUUUUUUCUGCUUUUCAUUUUCGUUUCAAACAUUUCUUUCUUUGUUGUUUUCUUUCGUCCUUUCUUUGACCGAUUUCUUUCACCAUCUCCUCAUAUUUCCACACUGUUUUUCAUCCAUGUUUUUAAAAUCAUUCCUAUUUCUUUCUUUCUUUCUUUCUUUCUUUCUUUCUUUCUUUCUUUCUUUCUUUCUUUCUUUCUUUGCUUUGUCUUUUUCAUUUAUUCUUUAAGUCAUUUCUUUCUCCAUUUUUUCUUCCUUGCUCCCUUCCAUCGUUUUUCUUUCUUUUAUUUGUUUAAAUCAUUUUUUUCUUUCUUUUUUUAUUUAUUGUUCAACCAUUACAAUUCAUAUUUUCCUCCUUCUUUUCUCAUAUUUCUCAUCUUUAUUUCAUUUUUCUUUCUUUCUUUCCUUCAUUCUUUCUUUCUUAGUUUUUUCUUUCUUUCUUUAAACCAUUUCUUUCACUAUCUCAUAUUGUUCUUGUCUUGCAUUUUGUGUUUAAAUCAUUUCUUUCUUUCUUUCUUUCUUUCUUUCUUUCUUUCUUUCUUUCCUUCAUAA